AUGCCUCCGAAGAAGAAGAAAAGCACCAAGAAAGCCGGUACAAUAGGCGAGACAAUUCUUGUAUCCAGAGAUAUGACAAUUUUAACUAAGAAAUACGACAGGCUGAAGAAAGUUACUGGAGUUAGAUUAAUUGAUGAUUAUGAACCACUCCUUAAGCCACCAGAGGGCAUGUCUCUGAACGAUUUUCUCGUAGUUAGUGCCAUUGAUUACUUAGAAAGAGUUGAUAAGCUUUAUCAAGUUUGUUCUCUUUUCUGUACAAGUGAAACGUGCCCGAUGUUCAAUGCAGGCCCUCGCUAUCACUAUUUCUGGGAAGAUGAAAGCACAACAGACCCGGUUCAAUUGUCUCCAUCCGAAUAUUUACUCAAGUUGAUAACUUGGUCAAAACGUAAACUCGGUGAUACCAAAGUUUUCCCUAAAACCGAUAAUGCAGAACUCGGAGAUGAAGCUCAAGUUGUCCUACAAACGAUUUACCGCAGAACUACAAGAUUUCUGAAUCAUCUCUAUGUUUGUCAUUUUUCCUCCAUCAAGGAUAACAACAUUGAGCCAGUAAUAAAUACAUUACUAGUUCAUUAUGUCCUUUUAGCUUUACGCUACCAAAUGAUGGAUGUCACCUCCAUAGAAAUGCUCAAGCCCGUAUUUGAUGCUAUGAAAAUCCAGAUUCCUGGGAUCUGA